AUCAACGAUCUUUACCGUAUAUGACAAUUUGGCCUCAAGUGUGCUCUCCAGUCUUGUUUUAUGGCUGAAGUUGCUUCUACUGAGCAGCUCCCAGUGAAACUGGGUCAGGAAUACCGAGUCAAACUGGGCAAGAGCUUCACCUUCCCCAGGGAGAACGCCUAUCACACCAUCAAACCCGAAUUUUACCGAGUCAUUUAGUGACUGACAUUGGUGGCCACUGUAUCAGAUGACUUGAAGCCACUGUCAGUGGAUCCCACAAAGUCUGGUAAACUGGGAGUGGUUGGUGAUGAAGUGAACGUACAACUACCAGUAGUACAGGCUGAGUGGACUGAUGAUGUGGCCCAGUUCAGAGGACCCAAGAAGCCUGUCACUAAAGAGUGUGUGCUCAUCAUAGACACUGUGUCUGGGGAGGCAGUACUGGAGAGGAUCAGUAACAACAUCCAACUCAAGGCCAUCAGGGACGGACGCAAGUGAUGAUGAAUGCUUACGCUGACCUUGUGUUCCAGUUUGGAAGGGCUGACGAGAACCAAGCCGCUUACAUUUAUUCAAGGACCAACACGGCUGUGCAGUACAUCAAAGCUGAACGGUUUUACGAUGGCUUCAAGAUUUUUGAUGCUCUGCUCAACGGAGAUCUGAUACCGUAUCCUACGUACUUGUACAACAUCACUGGAUCCACCAACUACUACAACAUUCUCAGGACCUCGCUAGGUACACGUAUGUUGUCUCCUCCUGAUUUUAACUACUACGUUCCCUUCAUCAACACCACUGACAUCAGACGAGCCAUUCACGUCGGCAGUCUCAGCUAUGGCUCUCACGCUGAAGACGUGGAAAUGGCCCUUGGAAACGACAUUAUGGACACAGUGAGGGACUGGUUGUCAGUACUCAUGGACAACUACAAGGUGCUCCUGUACAAUGGACAGCUGGACAUCAUUGUGGGGGUUCCCCUUACGGAGAGCAUGUUGCAGGUACUGCAGUGGUCGGGAAGAGACGCCUACCUCAAGGCUGACAGACAAGUGUGGAAGAUAGGAGAUGAUGUUGCCGGGUAUGUGAGGACAGUGAACAAGUUUAUGCAGGUGGUCGUGAGAGGGGGUGGGCACAUUCUCCCGUUUGACCAGCCGGAGAGAGCACUCAACCUCAUCCAGAACUUUGUGAACAUGCAAUAGCCUGAUUAUUAUUUUGGAGAUUAUUGUCAAGAGUUCUACUUUUUUACACUUCAUAAUUAUAUAAUUUUGCUUGUCUUUCUAUAAAAUAAUUAUAUACGUAGCUAUAAUUACGACUGUGAACUCUGAUAAGAUUUGUAUGACCAUGCUUCAAGCUAGUAUAAAAAAACUCUAUGUGUUAGUGACAUCUAGAAUCUAUGUCAUUGUGGUUGUUUUAUCUC